AUGAAGAAGUUCCACAGUUUACCUCUUCCUCUCUUGCUCCUACUCCGAACGUCCCUGGUGAACGCCGGCGUCGCAUCCUUCCGCCGCGCCGAAAACGAUACUACCAAUGGCGACCAGGGCGACCAGGGCGACGGUGACGGCGGCGCGUCCUCCUCGUUUGCUGUCGUGACGCAUCCGGCGGAGGGGGUCACUUUGGUUACGGGUUCGACUGUCGAGGUGAGGUGGGAGACGAGGGGGGACAAUCGUGAUUGGGAUGGCCAUGUUAUGAUGGAGAUUGCAGAGGCGGGACAUGUUCCCUUGACGAAUUUCGUGUCUGUUGACUACGACAUCCCAUACACCGACCAAUCCCACAACUGGACCAUCCCCGAACGCCUCUCCCCAGGCUCCUACGCCCUCCGCCUCGCCAACUCCACCUCCCCCUCCACCUACAUCGACUCCUCCAUCUUCACAAUCAUCCAUGCCGCCCCCGCCCCCUCCUCCAACCCGACACCCCCGACCCCAUCCCACAAGGGCCUCACGACCGACGACAUAGCCGGCCUAGCCACUGGCCUCUCCGUCGCCUUCCUCGUCGCCGUCCUCGCCUUCUGGGCCUGGCGCCACUCCAAACACCGCGCGAAGAAGCGUUUCGGCGGCGGCAACGGCGUCGCGUGGCGGAGUGACGACGACGACGACGAUGCGCCGAGGGGUGGGUUGGGGGAGUGGCAUGCCGUCAGGGCGGGGACUACCGCUGCCGCUAGUACCACUGGCGGUGGGCUGUUCUCGAUGUCGCCUUCGACGAUGGUCGAGACGGGGUCGGCAGCCGGCGAGGAGGGCAUGGCGGAUUUGGAUAAGUUGCCCGAGGGAGUCAUUAGUGGGUGGGCGCCCGAGGAUGUGAGGGUCGAGCCGGUGGAGUUGCCCGCGGAGGUGUAUAAGCGGUGGAGCGAGGAUGCGAGGGAAGGGGGGGAGGCGGCGGGGAUGGGGAUUGGGGAGCGGUUGGAGUUGAGUGGGAGUAGAGGGAGGGAUGGCUCCGAGGGGGCGGAGGGGGCGUCGAGGUCGUGA